AUGAGGAAGGUUCUGUGCGUGGAGCCCGUCAUUUUCAUCUACAUUUUUGCGUCUUCCCUGACGAGCCCGCUGGUGCAGCAGUUCAUCUACCGGCGGCUGUGGGAGCAGGAGUACAACUCCACUUUCGUGAGCGACGACAAUGUCAGUCACUGCGAGCAGAAUAAGAGCAGCCCGGCUUAUAUCAAACAGAAGGAAGUUCAAGAAAAAGCCUCUGUUUUUAAUAUGCAGUUGGACUUAACUAGGGCCAUUCCCAGCCUUACAGUUGCCUUUGUCAUUGUAGCUAAUGGGGAUCGCCAGGGACACAAAAGGUCUUUAGUUUUACCAUCAAUGGGAGCUUUGAUUUCUGGUAUUAGCUUCACUGCAAUAUCAUAUUUUUCCUUGUCACUCUCUGUCCUAUUUGCAGUCGCAUUUAUUACUGGACUGUUUGGAAGUAUAGCAACUUUCCUUGGAGGAGGCUUUGCUUACAUAGCAGAGGAGUGUCAUGAUGAGAAGCAGAAAACAACACGAAUAGCUGUAGUGGAUUUGAUUUUUGGAGUUGUAUCUGGAUUGGCAGGUCUGUCAUCUGGCUACUUUCUGAGAGGAAUAGGCUUUGCAUGGACAUUUGUGAUAGCAUCUCUGCUCCAUGUCAUUAAUAUCAUCUAUAUUGUAUUUUUUCUGGAAGAUACUGUAGGUGUAUCUCAAUUCCAGCAUGAAGCACCAGUAUCCUGGAAAGAACUUCUUAGGGAGACAUUUUCUGGAGUGUACAUGCUUUUUAAAACUGCCCCUUAUAAAAAGAGAAUUUUAAUAAUCGUGUUACUUUUUACAUUUAUGACUUAUUUGUUUACUCUGCUGGGUGGGAGUUCACUUUUUACACUGUAUGAACUGGAUGAGCCGCUCUGCUGGAAUGAAGUAUACAUUGGAUAUGGAGCAGCUGCAUUCACUUCUGUCUCGCUGACCAGCUUUUUGGGAGUUUACUUAUUUUCCAAAUGUCUCAAAGACAUUUAUAUUGUCUUUAUUGGGAUGUUUUCUUACAUUGGAGGAAUGAUCAUGGCUGCCUUUGCCAAAACUACCCUGCUCAUGUUUUUAGUGAGAGUGCCGUCUUUGUUCUGCUUUAUGCCUAUUCCUGUUCUCCGAUCCAUGCUGUCAAAAGUGGUUCUCCCUGGUGAACAGGGUGCUGUGUUUGCUUGUAUUGCCUGUUUAGAAGUUGUGACCGGCACUAUGUCAAUUUCAGUUUUUAAUAUUCUCUAUGCAACUACUGUUGCAUGGUUUUCAGGCUUUAGCUUCCUCCUAUCAGCAGGCCUUUGUCUAAUUCCACUGUCUGUCCUGUGCUGGCUUCUGUGCACAAGCUGGAAUGGGGAGGACUUGGCUCUGCUGGUACCUGAAGAAGUAUCCAGCAUAGAGAGUGCUGAUAGUUGAACAAAGGAUGCACAUACUUGGGAUUUCUAAUCUGACAUGCAGUGGCACAGAUCGUUAUGUCACACAGAAACCACAGAGAUAACACAAUCUCCAAGUGGCCCUGCAGCAAUAAGCACUAAAUUGGUACCACUCAAUACCCAGUCUCUUUUUAGCACUUGACUAAAGCUAGCUCUUAACUAUGGAAAUAGGCUGGCAAUUGAGAUUAAUGCUGCUUCAGCAUGAAGGAAAAAAUAAGGUAGGAUGAUACUUUUUCCACUUACCCUUUCUCAAGUUUGAGAAUGUCAACUGUGGAUUGUGAUACAUCUUGUAUCACUCGCUCUAAGCUGGGUGACAGAGAUAAGCUUAGCAGCACAGAGGACACUGGCAAUUCUGCUGAAGUCAUUGCAGCUCGUGCCAGCUGAGGAUGUGGUCCACUGUGUACAUCUUGAAAGCCCUGUCUUAACAUUGAAGCCCCCAAACUGUCUAAAAUUACUAAACUAAAAACUAGUUCUUUUCAGAAAGCAAACUGGAGGCAGUACUCACACCUGCUGUAAGUUCACUUACUGUUCUGCAGCUAGCAGAGUGUUUGUGUAAGUUUAACAUAAGAUGUGUGGACCUUGCCUGUGACUUAGUUCUUGAAAUGGAUUUUCACACAGAACUGUCAGAGAAUUUCCAUCUUGCAGAGUGUGAAGUUCAGCUAAACGUACAUUUUGCAGAGGCCAUAUUGCACAUUUAUAAUUUUCCAUAUAUUAAGGACUGCGUACAGACAUCUCUUUUUUGUCCCAGAGAUAUUUCUUGUUUUCUAGUUAAGCUUAAAUAUUUCUUUUAGCAAAAAGCUGUGAUAGCAUCCUUAGCUGUAGAUCUUUAUUUUUUUAACAGCCCUGAAAUGAGGUGACAAAAUUAGAAUCAUGAAUCUAAUCAUUUUGCAAUGAAUGCAACAUAAUUAUGAACACCUGAACAGCACUUCUAAUCUUCAAAGCACUUUACAAAUGUUAUCCAAAACAUCCUUCCAUAGUAGAUACUAUCCUCUGUUGCAUAAAGAGAAGUUAACAGAGAGGACAAGUGACAUGGCCAGGGCCCCAGCACAAACUGGUGAGACUGCCAAACCUAGGAAUCCAUUUCAGCACUGACUCCUCACCUUUUCCCUUAAGAUCUUUAAGUAGGAAUUGUCCUGAGUAUUAGGUUCUGGAAUGCACAGCACAGCAGAAGUGUGAAUAUAACACCAUGUCAAGGACCACUCCCAUCUGUUGAUUUUGUUAAGAGUUUGACAGCCAAUACUGUUCUGAUCUCUCAAAGUUCUGUAUGACUCUUUUCCCCCAAAACAGAUUAGGCAAAAAAAGAAAAAAAAAAAAAAAAGUGAUUGCCAUUUAGGGAAUGAAACCUCUAGGAAAGCAUCUACAAUGACUUCACAUGCACACACCAUAGGAUAAAACUGCAGACAGGCAUACCAUGAGCUGCAUGCAGCCGCUGAUACCCAUCCUAUGAACAGAGACUCACACAGAACUUCUCAGUGGUACUCCACCAAAAAAUAGUAAUACCAAAUCAUGAUGAUACUUUUAUAGAUCCUUUAUAACGGAAUUCUUUAAUUCUUUCCAUGUAUCAUAAUCACAGAGAAGGUUGGAAGAAGGUUCAACUAAGUUAAAGGGAGAGCUUACAAUAUUCAAGAGACCAUUAUCUGCUCAUCACAGGUGAAAACAGAGACAUUUACAUAACAUGCCUCUAGCCAGCUCUUCCACUUCUGUCCUGAACUUCCAAGAGUGAUGUUGGCAAUUAAAUAUCAUUAGCUCUCUCUCAGCAGUUUAGACAAGAGCCAGAAAAUAAAACUGCUUAAUGCCUUCAAGGUGCCCAAGCUACUGCCAACUUGCUGGAAACAUGAGCCGAGUUCUACAAUAACCAGUGGGUCCAAAACAUAAUGAGUACUUGUAGAGAGAUUAAGAAAACACUGAUGUAAAGGAUUUUAGCACAAACAUUACAUUGUCUUCCUUGCCUCUUCAUUAUGCAGUUAUGUAAGGCUUUAUGGAAUUAACUAUUUCACACAAAACUGCCUGGAAAUAAAAAAGCAAAUGCAGAAGGGGUGUGUACUUUCACUUGCUCUUCGUCAGUGGACACCUUUUCUAGCACUGGGAAGGUUACAACAAAGCGAGCCAUUCCACAGCGGUGCUGUGUCAGUCCAGCUGAGAACAAGUACAUACACCUCAGGAAUAGCUUUGUUAUGAUUUAACUGCACAAAGUACGUGCUGUUUGCAAAAUGCUUCUGGUAGAUGGAGCAUUUAGGCUAUGAAUUUAGGUCAAAACACAUGGAGGAUAUGAACUGUGUUUUUAAAAUGCCUUGCACGGUGCAAGCUGAGAAACCAAGUACUAAUACCCAUCAGAUUAUUAAAGCAAAAUGUUCUAA